AAAUCGAUUUAUGUUCACUGCUCAGAACUUUGAGUCCAUAUACUACAAAGUGGCUCAUACGUAAAUUCAAUAAUCGUAGAGCGUUGUAAAGAUAUUAUCUAUGUGCACUGUUAUUGAUACCCCUACCUAUGAUGAAAGCCAUGCAACUUCUGGGAUUCAAGUCGACAAUAAUAAAAAUGACCUACAUAUGACGUGGCUUCAUUUUACCUGGAUGUCGGGUAUCAUGUGUCAUGUGUAUCCUUUGGUUGUCAUCAGUUGACAUUGUCCUUCAACAGAGUACGGAAGUCUGCAUAAGACAAUUCGUUACUCCAAAAAUUGUGAAAAGAAAAAAAAAUUGUCGUUAUUUCACUAAAAAUCGUUUACGAUAUUGAUCGUGACAGGACAAACGUUGGUGCAAAAAACAAGUAAUUAAUUAAUCAAGCUAAUUACGGAUUAAUAUUAUUUGUUUUAUUUCCAGAAUUUCAAUUAUUAUAAAAAAAUUGAUUUAAGAAUUGCUUUAAUAUGAAUUGACAUCAGGAUUUUGUGAAAGCUAAAUAGGAAAAAUGGGGAUAAGAAAAAUUAUUUGGUGGCUUAUACUUGUGUUUUUAUAUGACAAAAUAUUGGCUUUUGAUAAAUUAUUGUACAAACGUUCUCCAACACAUUACACUCAUAUGGGAAAAUUACUAAAAUUAUGUUAUUCUGAACGAUCGAACCCAGUUGUGAUUACAAACAAUCUGAUUGACAUAAUUGAGGAAAUUCGAGUAGACGAUAUUAAAUUUCCAGUGAUGACUCGUGAUACCAAUUUCAAGUCAAAGGACAUCCAAAUGUUCAACCCUUCCUACCCACUGUAUAUUUUAUCAACCGAUUCAAUUGAUCAACUUCAAACACUCCUCAACGAACUCAAAUCCACACCAACAUGGAGCAUUGUUUCGAUAUUUUUUAUCGUUGGCGCCAUAGAAAACAAUUGUCGAAAUGCAUCAGAAGUAUUGCAAAUAUUAUGGAAGAUGGAGUUGCUGUCAUCCUUUUAUAUUUGUAUUGAGCCUAAUAAUGAUGAAAUGGUUUACACUUAUAAUCCAUACACCAAUCGAGCCCCGGAACCAUGGGAAAAUGUUGAAAUAAUUGAUAAACCAAAUGAUCGCUGGACUCUCUAUAAGCAGUUGUACUCACAACAUGAUGAAAAAUUUUGUCAAAGUCUUACUUUCGACAAGACAAAAGUUCUAGAUGGUUAUGAAAUAAAAGCUACUGGAGAUCCAGUUUUAUGGACAAAUUUAACUCGUAAUGAGACAUACAAUGCUUCUAGUUUCAGAAAUGCGUUACUCUACACAGAAAGAAUGUUUUUUGAAAGUUCAUUCGAAAAACUAAAUGUGACACCGAUUAUUAACUAUGAUGACAAAGGUAGUUAUGAAAACGGUUCCGCAUCCGGUUAUGCAAAAUCAUUGAUAAAUGGCACUCACGAUAUGGGCUUAGGCUUGCGGAUAGUUGAUGGUAGAGUUUAUCAAGUUAUAGAUAACAUUAAUUUAUAUUAUCAAAAUGGUUAUAUGAUAUUAACCCAACAAAGACCAUUUUUAUUACAAACAGAAGAAGUUUCCGGUUUCACAGACAUUUAUUUUGCUGUUAUUUUAUCGAUAGUCGUUUUUCCAAUUACUUUUAUAAUGAUUGCACUCAAUAAUUAUAAAAUAUAAUAAUUUAUAAUAUAAAAUAUAUAAUAUAAUAAUUCAAUAUUUUGAAGCUGCUUUAAAUGUUUUUCGAAUGAUAUUGGGUGCCGCAAUUCCAACGCCCCUCCGAAGUUUCUCGAUGCGUAUUAGUUUUCUGGUAGCAACUUUGUUAGUUUUCAUAAUUAAUCCUGCAAUUCAAGGUCGGUUAUCGUCGCUUUUGUCUACUCCAGAACGCCGUAACCCAGAAAAUUUUAAAGACCUGUAUGACCAUGAGUACCAUCUUUACUAUCCCCCAUUUCUCGAAUUGCAUAUCGUUGACAAGCAAUUGUGGUCAAAUUUCUCAGAUAGAUCUUAUUUACAUCCAAUAUUAUCCGCCUAUCUUGGUUGCUCUGAAUAUGUAUUGAACGACACGUCUGCUGCUUGUCUUUCAUAUAGCGAAUUUCAAAUAUCGUCUGCUUUAAAAUACAACUUACAUGUUUCGCAACAGUUUCAAAUCAAAAGUUAUUUUACGUUUUGGGCUCGGAAAAACUGGGCCCUAAAAACUCGUAUUGAUCAGAUUGCAUUACGAAUAAAUGAAGCCGGUUUAUUAGGCCAUUGGGAUAAAGCUACAUUACAUUGGCCUCUGAAAAAAUUAAAAGCUUCUAAAUCCGCUUCCACAUCAAUGCAAUAUACCCAAAUUCAACUUGAAAAUAUGUUAUGUAUUUAUAUAUUCAUGUCACUGAGUCUUGUCUUUAUACUUGUGACAUUCGGUUUUGAAUUACUUUUCAAUAAAUUGUCACCUCGGAAAUUAAAAUUACGACAGAAAGUCGUGAUUUUUAACCGCAGGGUUCAUGUUCUCAACGAAUGGGUAUAAAUACUUUUUUUUGGCUGCUAAUUUUCAAUCAGAUGUUCGGGAAAAAGGUUUCCUCUUUUUUUCUCAUGUCGUUUUUCAUAUAUGAUGAUUAUAGAAUAAUUUUCGAGUGGUUGAGUUUUAAAAUUACUCUUUUUCCGGGGCUGGCUCAAAUCAUGUCAUCAACACAUAACAUGACGAUGAAGGUUUUUAUGAAAACGGUUGUCCAAAAGUUAUUUGAUAUCAUUGCUCAAUGGUCCACAUGAUAUGAAAACGAGCUUACGAACACUUUUUGAUGAAGCCUAAAUAUAGAAUUUGAAUCGAUUAGUUUUCACUAUUAAAAUAGUUUCCUGAUAUUGAUACAACAGAGUCCGUUUAUAAUACCAACACAUAAAAGUGCUGGUUUCUCAGAUGUUGACGUUGCAGUUUUUUUAAUUACUUUCUAAGUGGUUGCACUACAUAGUGACUUCCAAUACUUUGAAUUGCUUUUUGAAUUUUUUCUGAAUGAUACUGUUUGAUUUUUGGUAGCGACGUUAUUGAUUUUCAUAUUUGAUUCUGCAAUCAAAGUUCCGUUAUCGGCUCAUUUUAGUCUUAUGUAAUAGAAAUAGCUAUUAUUGAAAAUUUCUUUCAUUUUUUUGAACUGCUUUAAAUCUCUUCCGAAUGAUAUUGGGCGCCACGAUUUCAACGCUCGUCCAAAAUCUUUUGAUGGGUGAUUUUACAUUUUAUUCAUUUAGCAUGUCAUAUAUAUGUAUUAAUAUGAUGUUUUUUAAAUACGUUAUUAAUAACUCCACUCUUUGUUUUUUACAUAAUUAACAAAUUAUUGUAUUCAUAAUUGUAUUAUUAUUGAAAAUAUAGUUGCUGUGAAUAUUGGAAAAUUAUAUCGAUUUCAAAUAAAUAAACUUGU